AUGUUGGAACCCAUCCGGCCAACUCUCCCACCAAAUAGCCACCCAAAUACGGGGUAUCAAGGUUCUUCUUCUUUGGACUCACUACUGGGCAACGUGCGCCAGCAAACCAUGUUGUUUGGGGAUUUGGAGGCAGGUUCGACCCUGCUUUCGGUCGGGCGGGAUGAUGAGGGGCCAGCUUACUCUACGACUCAUUUCAUGAACAAUGCUUCGACAAUCGAGGGAGCACAAUUGUUGGAAACAUUUGCCAGCUCCAAGAUACAUAACAUCAUCGAGCGCUUUUUCUCUGACUGGAAGGGAAACGGACUCGAGUCGCAUGUCGGCGCGUUCCUCAUUCAGCCAUUCGCUGAUGCAGUCAUUAAAGAAUUUGUCACCCUGCAGCAUUCUCAAAAUUUUCGAUCAGAUCUGUUAGCCCUGUCCCAGCGUUUGUUUGAAAAUAGCAGCCGCGCUGUGGAUAUACAUCGUUUGAUGACCUUGCAGGGCUUUAUCGACCAGUAUACGGGUCCGAACCUUCGCUGGGAGACAAUGGGGGUAAUCCUCACACUUGUUGGUAUUGCCGCAACUGAGUUUCGUGCACCAUAUUCUCUGUACCGAACAGAACAAGAACGGCAGACUCUAAGGAUGAACCUGAUUCAAUUUGGAAACAAAUGUGCAAUAUUUUGCGAGGCAUUGGAUGUCCUCAACGACGUUCAUAUUCUCUUUCUAUAUCAGACGUUCCAGGUGCAGUCUGUUUUCUACGGAGACCAAAGUCUUAAAACGUGGCGUCGACUCAACGACGCAGCCUGUGCUCUACUCGCCGCUGGACUUCAUGAGAGCAUCCAAGAAGCACGCGAUAUGCCGUUCUUUCUGGUUGAAGUACGAAAACGUAUCUUUUCCCGCUUAUACAGUAUCGAUAUCAGCUUAGCGACAUUUCUCGGACGACCACCGCGCAUGAGCAAGAAAUUUUGCUGUAUCAACUUGCCCCUUGACAUCGACGAGAAAUGCUAUUCUAUGUCGGGCCCUACUCUUGAUAGAGAGCUGGAAAGGCUUGACCAGGCCGGAUGGAACUCGCAGGGUCACAUCCGGGCGAGCGCCGUUAUGCGAUGGUCAACUAUUACGGCAAUGAUUCGUGAAGAGACGUUGGAAUUGCUGCUGGGUGGGAACAUAUCUAAUAUGCAACGGCGAAUAAUUGACUUGCACCACGAGAUCAACGAGGCAUGGGAGAACCUUCCUUCCUUCCUAAGGGUGUCAUAUCACGAACUUUGGGAUAGCCAAAGGCCCCGCACAGAAAUGGAAUGCUUACAUAUGGUUCGAAUCUUAUAUCUACAGUCUGCAUUCUUGAUUGAAUGGGCAGCAUGGCGCCAUGGAAUCCAACAAUCGAGCCUAUUUCGAUCUGCGUUGGAUCUUAUUUGCUCGGUCAAUGAUGCCUUGAUCCGACGGGACCAAUUACCAAACCUUGGCUUUAUAUCUCUAGCCUGGAGAGUGGCAUCAUGCGCUCUCCCAGCGGCCGGGGCCCUCGCAUUAUAUCUUCUACAGCCCUCGUCCCGAUGUCGGUACAAGGAUCUAGACCCACCGUCUCGACGACGGGUAAUCGAGAAUCUCUCUGUUCUGAUUGCGCACAUGGAUAUUUUGCAUAGCCCCAAUGACGGCAAUUUCAAAUUGUUUUCUCAGGCCAAGCGCUCUCUCCAGUCUGUUGUGGACAUGCUAUUGCAGCCAAUGAAUCCAAUUGCAAUGGAGGCGUCAUCUACACACCUGAACACUGAGCUGCCAUCAGCUGAUUGGAUGGUGCCUGAUUAUUGUGGAUUUGAUGGUGAUUUCUGGUAA